CGUGUAGACCCACCAACAGCAGACGCGAUGACCCUUCAUUCAGAUCAAAUACAGCCUACCGUGGAUUCGGGUCGUUCGACUAAAUGCUAGACGAAUACAAACGAGGCGGUUCGGACGUAGAUACACGAUAUGCUUGUUUGUUUUCUUGAGGAUUAAUAACAAGAAUUUCUUUUCUAUGUAUUUUAACAAGAGAGAUAAUGUGAUGAGUUAUUAACGAUAUCGUUUGAAUCAAAUAACUGAUUUUCCACAAACAAAAUUCCCGUAAAUAGAUACAGGAUGUUUAAAAAGAUAUCUGCGCAGUAAGCGUCAAAACAAAACACAACUCAUCACCUUAAUUAUGCCGAUGUAUAAAACAUUUUUUUAAUCAUGUGGAUUUGAGCCCGAGAGGAUAAAAAAACCCUUUUCUUUUCGCAGUAAGAAGUAAAGAAAUUUAUUUUCUUAAAGAAAGCGUUCUUGAUAUUUAUAGAUAAAUACAAUUCUGAAGCCAUUCCUAAUACAUUUGCAAAAAAGGAUUAAUUUGGUAAUUAACCUAAUUGGUGUUACAAAAAGGGUGACAAUCGUCUUUCACUCCGUCAUAAUAAAACCAUUAGACUACCAUGGGAGACCUUAAAUAACCAACUAAAAGGACUUGGUCACAAGCAGGAAAAGCUACAAAUCAUUAGAAGCCGGUAGACGUAGCCUGUAAUGGGCAAAUUCGUUCUGCAAUGAAAUAAUGCUGUAAGCAGGGGGUAGUUCGUAAAGGUGAUCCAAUCAAGUGGAAUAAAUCCAUUGAAACACGCAAUAAGUAUUUACAUUAUGUGGAACAAUCCUGAAUAAUGACUGCGAAAAAUCGCUCAAUUCAGGAAAAGCUGUCUACAAGACAUGAUGAAUUGACGCAUUGAUCUUUUAAAGAGAUUUGAUAUUAUCAGAUCGGAAGUUAAUUUCGACAACAAAAGGACCCGGGAUGCCCAGUUUGGGGUAGAUUAUUUGCGCAUUGAAACCUGCUUGCUUGUUUUUCAUUGUAAAAAAUGAAUAAAGAACAAAGUGCUGUUCUUAAAUUUUUGCAUCAACACGUCUUUUGUACACUUGAUUUCGCUAGUAAAACCGAUAAAGGAUAAAGGAAACUCGAUACUGUGAGUUCUUGAGAUGUAAAGAAACUACUUGACUGGUCGGGAUGAGGCACGCAUUGGUAGUGUUAUCGCGGUGUCUCUAGUAGUGAAAGGCCAUUAUCUGUGGCGCUGCCCUCACGUGGAUAAUCAAAUCAGGGGGUUGUAAGGAUCACUAGUUCCAUCAAGUAUUCAGUGCGAGAGUGGAACACAGAGAGUACACAUUAGCUCCUGAAAAGACGCUUCACCAAAGCCUUUUGCCGGUUACAAAGAACUUGUUCUACAUACAGAGCAACUUAAAAAAUCUCAACAUGUCAAGGUUCGGGUCCGUGGCGGAUAGACGAGAGUUCUUCCGGCGAGCAAUGGAGCAGGAGAACAAGCCGGCGUCAUCAAGACCUCGAAUCAGGUCCGAUAACUCGGACAUAGCCCGGGCCAGACGGACGCGUGACAUCAAUCGCACGGAGGUCAAAACAGAGACAAUAACAGAGACCAAGAGAUCCGACGAGGAGACGAAGUCCGACCAAGAGACUAACAGAUCCGAUGAGGUGACGAAAAGAUCCGAACCGGAGACGACAGAUCGCACGGAGAAAGUGGAAGAGAGCGAAAAACAAAACAGCGAUAAAAUCAAUAAUAACGAUGAGACACAGAUAGAAAGUAACGCUGAGGCGCCUAUUGAAGCAAAGCUGGAUGGUCCAACAUCGCCUACUUCACCCACAACCCCAACUUCACCCAGAACACCGACUUCGCCCACCUCACCAAUAUCACCAACUUCGCCUUCAAGAAAGGAGCCCCGAGUUCUAAAGAAAAAACCCAUGAUGCAACGCCAGCAGUCAGUAUCAUCUUUAGUGUUGACGUGGUGCCAAGACGUCACAAAAGACUAUCCGGGUGUCGAGAUCAAGAAUUUCAGCACUAGCUUCUAUGACGGCUUGGCUUUCUGUGCACUCAUACACAAGUUCAACCCGGACAAGUUCGAUUUUAGUGAGCUGACUCCAGAGGAUCGGAGGCAUAACUGGACGCUUGCCCUGGAGACAGGAGAGUCUGUCGGGAUAUCACAGAUGUUCGACCUCGAAAUGAUGCUGAGGCAAAGGAAGCCCGAGCCACGCAGUGUCCAGUGCUACGUGCAGAUGAUCUUCAGCAAAUACAGACCCAAGGACCUCGACAUGUCUAAUCUCAGAAUCGCGUAACCACGGCAACGCAAGCCUGCGAAACUGCCAAUCAAAGACAUCUGGGUUACGUUGUUAUACGAGCAUCCAGUGCUCCUGCCAGCUCUAUGGUUAUUUGUACUCGUGUCUCCUCUUUUAUGCUCAAAACUUCUGUUUCUUAUACAAUGAACAAAUUCACCUGUUACAACAGGGUAAUGAAGUUUCAACCUCAUGUUAGUGGUCAUUUGCUGAAUGUAAAUGACAAACCUUUUUUAUUUGCCCGAGCGGUACGAAAUUAAAAAAAUAUUUUGUAUUUCAUCAAUCAAUAUCUUGAAAACAGUUGUCAAUGUUUUUGUAAAAGCGUUUUAUCAAGUGUACAAUAAAUGUUCGCCCAUUUCAAA